GUAAUUUAUAUUUUGUUUAGUUCUAACUUCACCGUCCGCGGCGGGAGAGAACGCUGGGAAAACAAAGAAACCUUCAAAUCGGGAAAUUCGAGAAACCCUAAAUCGACGAAAAAGAGGUAUCUUUGAAUCAGAAGCUUAGUGUGUUCAUACGAUGAAGAGUCAAUGGUCUAAUUUCCAUCAGAUUGGGAGAAACUCUUUCUUAGCUGCUUCUGCUGUCUACGUUUCAAGCGAAUUCAACUUCGUAAACACAUCUCUUCUUAAUCGAAGAAGCUUCUGUUUUGCAGAAGGAGAUCGAUCCAGCUUUGUAGUGUUGAAAUCGGAGGCGGAGUUCAACAGUGCAUUGAGUAAAGCUCGAGAUGGAUCUUUGCCAUCGGUUUUCUAUUUCACUGCCGCUUGGUGUGGACCUUGCAGGCUUAUCUCUCCUGUAAUAUUGGAGCUCAGUAAUAAAUAUCCUGAUGUAACAACGUAUAAGGUCGACAUUGACGAGGGCGGUCUUUCAAAUGCUAUUGGGAAGUUAAACGUCUCUGCUGUGCCAACACUGCAAUUCUUCAAAGGCGGCGUGAAGAAAGCAGAGAUUGUUGGCGUUGAUGUGGUGAGGCUGAAGAGUGUCAUGGAACAACUAUACAAGUGAGAGAAACUUUCUGACUUAUGUACACUACAUUGCUUUGAGUUGUGAUUAUUUUGUGCGUUUGCUUUAAGUUAGAUUAUUUCAUUCUCGUGUUCCUGCAAUUCAUAAGGGUGUAAGUUUGGUUUCUGUUAAAGAGUUUUUUCGGUUUAUAGUAUAAUAAAGACUUUAAGACCAUCA